CUUUAAUGUGCCUGCUUGACUACAUUACCAACCUUGCUUUAUCUUACCUUAAUCUGUUCUACUCUAUCUUCUUGUCGUUCGCUCCUCUUCACCGUCUUUUUGUCUUUCGUUGUCGAUCCUCUGUUUUUGGGCCGACUGUGUUUGCUAAUCUACUUGCAUUAUCGUUGUAUACGAACUCACCCACCACCAGUCACAACCUCCCACCCCGUCACGCCUAUCCGGUCUCCCUUUGUUGCUUCCUUCACGCAUGUCGUCGCACAACAGCCUCUUGUUCCAUGGCGGAACCUAGAGAAAAGAGCUGGACUCGCACAUUGUAGUGACUGUUGCAGUUCUCGGCGCUGGGCGCCAGAUCCCUGGUCAUGUCUGCUGGAGUCGAAGGGCAAGUCAUGCCCACAGUACCUGUCCACGCUGCCAGUCCUCUUCAUUCUUCUGUCCAUCUGCCCUGCUCCGAUUCGAUACCAAGGCCACCUUCCGCAGAGAUCACGCGCUCUGCAAGCUACACUUAUCUUUCAACUCUUGAAAAAGAGCCUGCAAUCACCACGAUCAAAAGGACCUUCUCCGACAAUGUUCUCUCCCUACCUCCUGAAGUGAGAUCCAAAAUGAAUGACUCUACCCAAUCUACGAAUAAAGUCCUCUUUCGCCGGGCAUCGAGGAAAGCAAAGAAACGGAUAACAAGUGGCAUUUUUUCCUUCUCGUCGGAACCAGAACAAGAAGAUGACGAUGUACGAGGAGGUCGAGAAACCGAGAUAGACCCUGUCAAGGUGGAACAAAGCCGCAGCCUCAGCCGAUCUGUUACUGGUACCAUCCGCACCCUGGCCCGAAAAUCCUGGGCUGGAUCGAGACCUUCAUCCCCUGCCCCGAAGGAUGGUUCCGCCCCGAGGAAGCGCAGCUGGUCACCGACCAAAAUCAAAGAUGCUGCCACUUCAAAGCCAGCUUCUAGCAGGUCGCCUUCGCGAUCACGCGAGUCAGAUGCUGCAAAAUCCACGCCUCCUCAGCUUCUACGACCUCCGCUGAGCGUGUUGCCCAUCAAAAACAAGAGUGAAGUCAGUCUGAAGCGCUUAUCACGAAAUUCGUCUUCCACUUCGCUUGCGUCAGAUGAAAGAAGCAGAUCUAAAGUCUCACUCGGGAAACUUCCGCCGUUGCCGAGAACUCUUUCCUCCGAUCGUUUGGCGUCUUUCCAGCAAGAGCUGGCCCGGAAAAAGGAUCCGUUAGCUACAGCUUUCAGAAAUGUCGACAGCGAGUUCAUCACAUUUCAUGCAAAGCCCAGCGUACAGAAGUCAAAGGUUCUUCGUACCGUCUUGCUGCCCUUUCUCCACAAAUAUGCUCGCCACCCCUCUAUCACAUCUCUUCGAGCGGAAGACCUUGAUAGACGGACUGUCAUCCUGAACAAGUGGUGGACUGCACUACUGGAAAUGCUACACGGGACCAACAACCAAAUGAUCUCAUUGUCCGAUAGACCUGCUUUUCUCGAGUCCGUAAGCAUGAUCAUGUCAAGGCUAGAAUGGACGGUUCCAGGCUUCAAUGCGGCACUGGGCGAGAUCUCCCAACCUGCGUCCAUCCCCAAAUCCAAGUCGACAAACUCCCUCGAGUCAGAAGAUUCGGAUUUCCUGAGCGAUACUAUCAAGCAGAAUGUGCGGAACAUGUUCAUUCAGAAUCUGCUGUCUCAGCUGAAAUUUGUCAUCGAAAAGUUGUCCUGGCGCGCUGCUCCCUCAAGCCUAGUUACUUUCGCCGGCAAAACCUGUGCUUAUGCUUUUUUUUAUUGUCCGGGUGUCGCAGACAUGCUCGCUCGACAGUGGAAUGUGGGCGCUGGUACACUGGGCAGGAUAUUCACCGAGUUUGAUAUCCAUUUUGGAGAUAAACUGGCCCUCAUAUCGAACGCUUUCGCAGGAAGAUUUCCACCGCCGAUUCGAUCUUUGUCCGCUAUCUCGCAAAGCACCCUUGCACGCCACCUGCAGCCUCAGCGUCAACGCCCACAAGGAUUGGAACAGUUGGACUGGUGGCAUCCAACAUGGGUAAAUCGUUGGUGUGGACGCGAUACUGAUCUGUUCUUUUCGUUCACGAAAUAUUUCCAUCUACUUGUCCCUGAAUUCCUGUCUGAGGAGCUAUCUUCGAAGGAACGUGCUGGUAUACCAGGUCUUAUUCCGGUCUGUGCACAGAUGCUGGUCGUUCUGGAGGCUACUCUGUAUCGGCAAGCUAAUCAACAGCGAUAUGAUGAUGACGGCACGGAAGGCUCCAGAUUCGACAGAGAUCACCCAGAUUCUCUAGCUCCUCUGCCUGUCAUUGCUAAUGCCGAUCGUUCGAUCGCCGAAAACCGUCUAAUCAUCUUAUUGAGGGACGUGUUAGGAGAUGUGGACUCUGAGGCUACUAUGUUCCGAGGCUUAUUUACCGGCUCGUUUGAAGCAGUCCUCAAGGCUGCCACUCGAAAAGUAUCCAUGUACAGCACCGAUCCAUGCUUCGUAAUUUGCGAUUUCAUGGAGGAAGUCCUCCCAAUUACCUUUCGAUAUCAUCAGACUUAUGGCGAUACCCCGAUCCUGGACUGGCCGUUUUGGCUCAAAGUCUUUAAGCAAAUGAUGCGAAGCCAGUCUAUGCUCACAAAAGUUCGACUGAUUGCAUUUUUGUACAAUAAGUGGACUAUUUUAAUUUCUAAUGAGGAGAGAAAGAGGGAGCUCGUUUUGGAAUGGUUGCUGGAUCAGGAAGUCUUUGAAGAAAAUUUCUGCAACUGGUCACCAAUGGUUCGACACUACUUCUACCGCCUACUCUGUUGGAGAGUCGCUCGUGUGGACGGACCGGUCACGACUUUGGACAUCGUCAUUCUUCAAACGUUCAACACUCGACUAAAUAAAUGCUGGGCUCACUAUCAAUAUCUGCUCAUGGAGGCAGACACACGAGGUCUCACCCCACCAUCCUCUGAACCUUGUACUCCCGCACCUGCACGUCUUCUCUUGAUCGUUCGCCUCGAUAAUCAGCCUCUGUUAGUGCCACAUAGGACGACAUUCGAGAGGAAACAACCCAAUCUUGGAUUGCUCAAUCAGAAUUCACCAUAUCAAAAUCAUUCGUCGGCUCUGAACACUAUUCCGACUGCAGACGUUCCUCCUCAGAUCAACAAAAAGCGAUGGAGCUUGUUCAAGGGGCUCAGUAUGUUCUCGCAGCCUGGAAAUGACCGCCCUGGUGAAGUCACUCCUCCAGGGAGCCCGGAUGAGGGAAGUUCGAACUCCAAUGGCACGAUCACAGGACCUAGCAGCGAAAUUGCUGGCCCCAAGCCAGUUUCUCGCCCGAUCACACCUCCACACCAACCUUGCUCAUUCCGCUUCGAACUACAGCAUCACCGUCCACCACCUCAACUGCAAGGCCAAAAUUGGACUUUGACGUCUCCUCUAUUGCCACAAACUGCACAAAAUAUUCUUAGAGUUCGAGAGAGCAGUGAAAGCAAUGCGAGUUCCGAAAGUAGUAGUAACAACAACCAGAAGUUCAGACCCAAAACGAAGACUGUCGAGCCUCGGCAGCCAGCGUACUCGGAGAUAGGCAAUGCACGUUACAGUGGACGAGCAUUAGCGGAGUGGUCACAAGUGGUGAGCGAGUGCCGAAAUUUCUACAUUCGACGCAGACAAGAUGGAGUCCCGAGGGACGGUCUUGUCGAGAUACCGACACUGGGAGUCGAAAAUUUCCGGAGUCCCGGUUAGUAUGUUUUUCUUUGCUACGGGAAACAUCUCUCAAGGUUGAGAUCCGUGACACCCUCAGGGACGGCGUACACGGAGCUGCCUUUUUGAAAGGAGAAGACAUGUCAUGAACACAACCUUUGUAUAUCUAUGCACCAUUAAUGGCGUUUAUGGGCAACCUUGUGGCUUUGAAGGGCGCCUUUUUUCUUGAAUAUACGUAUGCAAUUCUAUCAAGUUCUAGGGAUUGGGCGGUUGGGUUUCCGAACGGAUUGGGCUAAGAUACUGGAUACUAUCGUGUGACCAGGUGGUCGCACAUUCUCAGAACAGACGAAUGCAACGAUUUUGCUCCGCGAUGUCGAAGCUGAGCUAGCAAUUUUCACACUUUGAUGUCCC